AUGGUGGUGAAGAUGGUUAGGACGCACUUAAUGGGGCCACUGUCAUGGGGCCGGGUCAAAUGGAUGAGUAUAAUGGGAACAGGAGUCCUUUAUCUGCUGCUGCUAUCCACCUGCCUCGGACAAGACACUGAAGAUUGGCAAUAUGAGGAAUGUAAACUGUCAAGAUCAGGACCCCCAGCCACCAUUGUUGCCAUAGAUGAAGAAAGCCCAAACGGGACAUUACUAGUGGAGAACAUGCAGAUAAACGGCGUGGCUGAGGGUCCGGAUCGUACCAUUUCUCUGUCUCUGAGGGAUAACCAUGAUUACUGGGUGAUCCUGGAUCCGGCCAAACAAGCACUUUACCUGAACAGCACUGGGAGGGUUCUGGACAGAGAUCCUCCAUCAUACAUUCAGUCCAUUGUGGUCCAGGUUCAGUGCACCAACGAGCUGGUCGGCACGGUGAUUUUACACGAAGUGCGCAUCGUCGUUCGAGACCGCAAUGACAAUGCGCCUCAUUUCCAACAGCCAAGAUACUACGUUGCUGUCAGUGAGCUGACUCCGGUAGGAACCACUAUCUUCUCUGGUUUCUGGGGGAACAACGGGGCAAAGGACAUCGAUGACGGUCCCAAUGGACAGAUAGAGUACACCAUCCAGUACAACCCCAAAGACCCGACAACAAACAGAACCUUUGACAUCCCCCUGACACUGUUUGGCUCUGUAGUUCUGCGAGAAAGACUCAACUAUGAGGAGAUAACACGCUAUCUUGUCAUCAUACAAGCAAAUGACCGAGCCCCUUACCCAAGUGAGCGGCGAACGGCCACCACCACUCUGACUGUGGACGUUCUGGAUGGAGAUGACUUGGGUCCCAUGUUUCUGCCGUGUACGCUCGUUGGAAACACACGUGACUGCAGUCCAAUCACGUAUAAGGCGAAUGUACUGGAGCUGACUGAGCCGAAUAAAGUGAAUCCCGUCAAUGUGACUCCUCCCAUUCAAGCUGUGGACCAGGAUAGAAACAUACAACCUCCAUCUGACAGGCCGGGGAUUCUCUACUCCAUCCUGAUUGGCAAACCAGAGUCCUACUUAGAAUAUUUCAGCCUGAACAGAACCACCGCUGAGCUCCUGCUACUGAAGCCCAUCGAUAGAGAGCGCUACCGCAGAUUUGAUCUGGUUAUCAAGGCAGAGCAGGACAACGGCCACCCUCUGCCAGCUUUUGCAAACCUCCAAAUUGAAGUCCUGGAUGAAAACAAUCAGGCACCCUACUUCCUGGAGACCAGUUACCAUGGCUACGUUAGCGAGGCAUCACCAGUAGGAACGACCGUGGCGACCAGUACUGGCCUGUCUGCACCACUGACCGUUGUGGCGCUCGAUAAUGAUGUGGAGGAGACCAGAGAUCCGCAGCUCCAGUUAUCCUUGGACAGCUACUCUCAUCUUUUCUCUGUGUCUCCCACUGGAAUCAAAAGAUAUCUGACACUGCUGCAGCCACUGGACAGAGAAACACAGGACUCGUAUACAUUCACGCUUUUAGCAUCAGACGGCGUCCAGCAGAGUAUCCCAGUUACCGUGACGAUAACAGUGAUGGAUGCCAAUGACAACACUCCGACUUUCGCAAAUGUCUCCUAUAAUGUCAACCUGUUUACAGAUAUGAUGGCAGGAGAAACUGUGAUACAGCUCUCAGCUGUUGAUGCUGAUGACGGUCCCAAUGGUCAGGUCACCUAUCGGAUUCUAGCAGGUGACCAGGGAGAUUUUCUCAUUGGAUCAAGCACUGGGAUCAUCACCGUGGCCCCGGGUGUGGAGCUCACAGUUGGACGGAGCUAUGCUUUGACUGUGGAGGCUGUAGACAAUGGACAGGUGCCUCAUCGAAGGUCAUCAAUUACCACGGUUUAUAUUGAAGUUUUGCCCCCAAACAACCAGAGCCCUCCCAGAUUUCCCCGGCAACAAUACAGCCUGGAGAUCAGUGAGGCUAUGAGGACGGGAGCUACGCUGCUUAAUCUGCAGGCAGUGGAUCGAGAGAGGGACCCCAUCAUCUACAAAAUACACAGCGGAGACCCAAGUGGGCAUUUUGCACUCCAGCAGAGUUCAGGGUAUUUGAUUCUAAACAAGUCUCUGGACAGGGAGACUCUGGAUUAUUAUACACUGGUGGUCACAGCUUCAGACGGACAUCCAGAGGGGACCUCGACUGUGACGGUGAACGUUGUGGUGACAGAUGUGAAUGACAAUGACCCCCUGUUUGAUUCUUCACUGCCGGUGAACCUCACUGUCAUCGAGGAGCAGGAUCACGCCUAUGUUGGACAAGUCAAGGCUAUUGACCCAGAUCUGGGAGCAAGUGGUCAGGUCCAUUAUCGGCUCGUCAACCAUCAGAAACUGUUUUCCAUCAACGCCACUGGAGCAAUAAGAACUGCAGUUCCGCUGGACAGAGAGGCCAAAGCUCACUACUUUCUGAUCGUUGAAGCCUGGGAUGGUGCUGUGGACCCUCGGCGCUCCAGGUUGACUCUGUUAGUGACUGUCCUGGAUGUCGAUGAUAACAGCCCAACAUUCACCCAACAAACUUAUAACAUUGUCCUACCUGAGAACACGCCGGAGAACACAGUCAUCUUACAGUUAAAGGCGAUAGACGCUGACCUUGGCUCCAACCUCACAUAUCGCAUCAGAAGUGAAGGUUUGGACCAGGAGAUCUUUCAGCUUUUCCGUAUCGACCCUGUGACUGGAGAGCUGUCAGUUCGACAAGUCCUGGACUACGAGGCUCUGUCUGAGUCGGAGCCCACGUACACUUUCACAGUGGAGGCCACAGACAUUGAGGGAUCCAUGCCUCCUGGUCUUGCCUCUGUUACUGUCAGGAUCAUGGACAUGAAUGACUUCUACCCUGUAUUCAGUCAGUCUGUGUACCGAGGUGCAGUUGCCCCCAAUGCUGUCAAGGGAACCAUCGUCACCACAGUGAUGGCCAAUGAUUCUGACCCUGCGAGCACUCCAGCAGGCUUAGUGCGAUACAGAGUGGACCAGGAGGCUUAUCCGUACUCUGCCAGUAUAUUUGACGUAGAAGAGAAGACAGGGAAUGUGGUUACCAGAGUGAACCUCAACGAGGAGCCCAACCUGAAGUUCAGCCUGGUGGUGGUGGCCUACGAUGAUGGAGAGCCUGUGAAGGAAAAUACAACUUUGGUAGAGAUCACAGUCCUGCAGCCGUCUAUCAUUCCCGUCUUCACUCAGGAGGAAUACAGGUUUCCACCAGUGAGCGAGGAGGCUGCCGUCGGAACCCCGGUGGGAACCAUCAUGGCAGCCGCUGUCAAUCAAACCAUGGUGUACUCCAUCAUUGAAGGCAACGAGGGAGGAGUGUUCACACUAAAUGAAACAACAGGACUGAUUUCUACAGCGAAGCCUCUCGACUACGAGGCCAAUUCCAGCUACAUUUUGAAGGUAGAAGCUGACUCCAUGCGGGUUGUGUCCUCGAACCUGCGAGCUGCCUCUAAGACUAACACAGCCAAGGUGGUAAUUGACAUCCAGGAUGAGAAUGACCAUCCACCGGUCUUCACCAGAUCUCUUUACAUUGGAGGGGUGGCAGAGGAUGCGAAAACUUUCACCUCCGUCUUACAAGUGCAGGCCCUGGACAGAGACACGGGGAACUACAGCUCCAUGAUGUACCGCCUCAUCAUCCCCCCUCCCGCUGGGAGAGACACCAAAGACAGUAAAGAUGGCUUCGUCAUCGAGCCGUACAGCGGCGUGGUGAAGACUGCGAUCAUGUACCGCAACAUGAGGAGGUCGUAUUUUAAAUUCGAGGUGGUUGCCACAGACAACUACGGUCAAGGACACAGCAGCAAGGCUGAUAUAGUGGUGUCAGUUGUGAACCAGCUGGACAUGCAAGUGGUCGUAUCGAAUGUGCCGCCAACUUACGUGGAGAAAAAUAAAGAUAAGCUGCUCAGCAUUUUGGAACGCUACGUCCAGGAACAAAUACCAGGUGCAAAGGUUGUGGUGGAAACCAUUGGCCCGCACCGCCACGGUGAUGGAAUGGAGCAGGAAGAUUACGCCAAGUCAGACCUCAUGAUUUAUGCCAUCGACCCGCUGACAAACAGAGCUGUAUCCAGGCAGGAGCUCCACAAGUUUCUUGAUGGUAAACUCUUGGACAUCAAUAAGGAGUUCCAGCCCCUCCUCCCUCCUGGUGGACGCAUCCUGGAGAUCCGAACCCCGGAAGUGGUGACCAGUGUGAAGAAAGCAGUGCAGUCUGUAGGCUACACAGAGGGCGCACUGUUGGCUCUGGCAGUUAUAAUCAUUAUCUGCUGUGUCCCCGCCAUACUGAUUGUUAUUAUCACCUACAGACAAUUCAAAGAACGCCAGGCCGAGUGUGCCAAAACUGCCCGCAUCCAGAUGGCCCUGCCAACGGGUAAACCUGGGGGAGGCACUGCCAACAACCUGUACGAGGAGCUGGGAGACAAUGCCAUGCGAGGAUACGGACAACAUGAGACACAACAACUUCUCCGACCUUCUCUGCUCAGACCUGAGGAGUUAUCAAUGGAGUCUGGCAUCGACCCCGGCCAGGACUACUACACUCAAGAUUAUUACAACUAUGAUCAUGGGUAUGACCUUCCUCAGUAUGGCAGUCGAAGGAAGUUGAUCUCCCCCUCCGGCCUUUACGAUGAAUAUGGAGAAGUUGUUGUUGAUGACGAUGGCAGCUAUUACUACAGUCCACAGGAGUCUGACGGAGAGCAUGGAAAUAAAAAGCGUCGGAUCAAGCUGGUGGUGGAUCGAGAAUAUGAGACCAGCUCUACCGGUGAGGAAAGCAUGCCAGACACCCAACGCAGCCGUGUUUCCUCCACGCUGAAUAGCCAUGCCAAUGUCAACGGAAGCAUCUAUGUGGCCCAGAACGGCUCCAUUAUCCGCACCCGCCGUUCAGUAAACGCCACUGGCCCCCAACACACGCAUACUAACAUGAACAACAACUUCAAACUCACCUCCCCUGUCUUCAGCUCGCGGCUGGCCAAGCACUUUAAAAAACUGGAGAAAAUGGCCGCCACUCUGGAGGAGAGAGUGCCACUGAACACCCCCAGAACGGUAGUGGAGAGCGGGUGCAAAACACUGAGUACCUUCAAAGGCCCAGGAACGCUGGCCUCCACUCCUGCCACUUGCUCUUUCUCAAAGACUGACAACACUAAAACGCUGAACACGUUUAACACUCGACAAUCAAGCGUUUCUUUGGGGUCAUCCACCACCAGCAACACUGGAGCUGAAAGUUUGGCGUCCAAAUCAAACCUGCUGAAAGCGGCACAGGGCGUCACGGAGCAGCCACAGAGCUCAGCAGAGAGAGACGAGCUGAAAGAAGGAGAGAGAGAGUCGAGGGUAGACGGCAGUAAUGAUGAAGACGAAGACAACGGACUGGUCAUGAGGGAGCCGCUGGAGUGCCCGAGCGACAGAACACAGUCUGAUGAGGAGGAGUUAUGGAUGGGUCCAUGGAACAGCCUUCACAUACCCAUGACCAAGCUCUGACUCAUCCUCACUCAACUGUGCUCACUUCUUUUUGCCAAGAUCAUCAACACGUUCAAACACCAUUUCUCUUUAUUAGUUUCCAAAUUACUCAAAAAAGAUUCAAACAGUUGCCUUUUUCCUCUCAUGUCACACUCAGGGUAGAAGCUUGAAUGCUCUGAAGGUUUUAAAUUGCUGUUUAAGUCAGAUAAAUGUGGGGAACCUGAAAAUCAUGAUUUUGCCACAUUUCAAAUGAUCAGCAACUACAGGUUCUUUACA